GGGGCCGGAGUUUGUCUCCUUCUUAGCAAACCACACGCGCCGCACCUGCACCCCCUUAGUGGCUAUAGGCAGUUCUGCUCCGCACCGCCGCGAUCGCUUCUCUGCCACCUAUCAACAUUGCACAACAAAGCCAAGCGUGUAGACAGUUUGGAUUACUUCAUGGUUUUCUUGUACUUAUUUUUACUAAUAUAUAGCUUUCUGAGUCAUAGAUUAUGAGUGCUUUGAUGAGUUUUUGAGAUGCUGCAUGCAUCUAUGUCACUGUGACUGUGGUUGGUUGGUGUUGCCUUAAAUUGUUGUUUGUCUGAUUGUCUGAAUGAACUUCCUAUUAGAUUUAAUACUAUGAUAAUUUGUCCCUACUUUUAGACAUUCUUAAGCAGUAGGAGUCAACAAUUAAUAUUAGUUAUGGAUGAAAGGGAUUAUUACUUUCUUGAAAGGUUAUUUUGUUCUUUUAGCCAUUAGAGUAUUGUUAACUGGUUGUAAUCGCUUCUUAGUUUGAUAUUGUAGGUUCAUGAGUUAGCCUUAGCCCCUAUAUCAGUCUUUUUAAGUGCCUGUAUUUACAUUUCAUGUUCAUACUUAUGCAUUUUUUCUCUGCAUACUAUUGACUAGGAAAAGGUUUUGUUACCUAUGAUUAUAUGUUUCUGUAUUGACUGUACGCAGCGGAUAGUGCCACCGAGUAUACUGCUAAGGUGAUUGAUGGAAAAUCAGAGGCAAAGCAAAUUAGAGAUGAGAUAGUAGCUAUGAAGUCUCCAAGAUGAAAGAAGCCCUGGGUGUAAUCUAAGGAUCAGCUGCAGAGCCGUCUUUGAAGGCAUGCAUAACACAGGCUACUCUAUAAGCCUAAAAUUUGUCAUGGUUAAACCGUACUUAAAAAAGGCCUCAUAAGAUCUUUGUUAUUGUUAAAAAAUGGUUAAAUAGGAGCUCUAAUUGUUUUGUCAUGAUUGGACCUUGGCCAAUUUACAAAAGCCUCAAAAACUCAAGACGACUCUGGUUAGUUGUUAUCCUUGUUGGAGAUCAGAAAGGACUUUGCAACUUAUGUGCCAACAAGAAGGGGGCUUGUGAAUCUGUUGGAAUAAAUUCUUUUGAAAUCAAUUUGCCAAAAAAUUCCACAGAAGAGGCAGUUUUGAAGUAUAUUUUAGGCUACAAUGAUAUCCUUCGGUUCAUGGGAUUCUUGUUCAGCUGCCUUUACCAUCUAUAAUACUUGUUUGAAUGGUUUGGAGGCAGCCAUCCAAAGACUCAACGCCACAAUGAAAACAUUCAUGGAAAAGGAAGAUGUACGGUAUGCUGAGUAUAAGAUGUUACGCACAACUAAUGCCUUGCGUUUGGACCGCGUUGAGGAGCAAUUGGUUGCACUUAAAGUGAGCUCUGCUUCUAAUGGUGAUUUGGACUCAUUUCUGCAAUCUCCAGAGAAUCAAUCGUUGGUGAUUCUUCCAAGAAUGACCGACCAACCGAAAGAAGAGAACGAUGCUUCUGAUUUGCUCGAUGUUGAGAUCCUGACUACCCCAUACACGACUACUGAGAUGAGUACUCUUUCAGAAGCUUUAAGUGAAACCUUACUAGUUGUUGAUGCUUCUAACCUGAGUAGUGAUCGAGUCAUUGAGCCAUCGAUUUCCAAUUUUUAUGCGGUUUCCACAAUCAAAGGUUUUAUUCCUUCCAUUGUCGGACACGAUUGUUAUAGCAAGGAGAAGACAACAACCGAAGUCGAUAGCAAGAGACCGGGGUCUUUACCGGUGAUUGUUAGUAGGAAUUUCAGUCCCAUUGUGAUGCUUACCCUGCACUUAGUCUUCAUUCUGCCGCCGCCACUCGCACCACCAUGGCUACAUCACUCACUUUUUACAAGACCGCUUAACUCAUUAACCUCAACCAAGGUAAACAACCUUAUUCACUAUCUCCAAUUUAAGCAGAAGAUUUUAAUUGGAACUCAAUAUCACAACACACCCAUAAUUGAUCCCCAAAUUCCAAGUGUUUGUGUGUUAACAUGUUCUUCUUAUGCUUAUAAGAAUACUGUGUCCUUAAUUGAUGCCCACCAUCUGUUUGUCAAAAUUCCCCUCACAGUUGAUUUCUCUUUUGACACUUUUACAAGCUUGUUGAGUAUGAUGAAAAUCAUUGGACAAAUAGAUAUGGACUCCCAGUAUUCUCCAAGUAAUAAUUUGCUUCAUAAUUAUCGUGUUUAUAGUAAUGGUUUUCCAUCUCGUGGACUUGGACUUGAGUUUGGUUUAAUUUCUAUUGUUAGAUCACUCCCCCUUUCAUAUGAUUUAUUGGUUAGCUUUGCUUGUAGUUCUUGUGGUAUGAUUCUGAAUCGUAACGUGAGCUGUCAUGAUUUUGUGAGUCUUUUCUAUUGCUGCCACAUUGAGCUCUUACUAGUAUUAUACUCAUCUCAUUGCCAAACCAAACUCAAGGGUUGGAAUUUGUUGUCAAUUCUAAUUGUUGAAGGAAUUGGUGAAGUCAAACUAAUCAAACUAUCGAGCUUCCAUCAUUUUGCUCUGUUGAAUGUGGUUGUUGUGUAUGACUUAACUCUUAAUAGAGUUUUGGGUUGGAAGGCCAUGCCACUACAAAGUUUUGAUGAUUCUAGUGGUAAUCACAAUGCACAUUCAAGAUAUAAGAACAUGGACUUUAGCAUCUCAGUGGAAUGCAAGGAAUUAAUUUAUGUCUAUUUCAUUGGCUCUGGCUCUGAGUUAGAACUUUCUGGUGUUUUUCUUGGCUUGGAUAAGCUUGUUAAUAAUGGUAAUUUCAACCUCUCUACCAUUUCAAUGGUUGGUUUAUUUGGAUAUCCUGUUUCACAAUGUGCUUUUCCUACCAUUAACUGUGAUGUUUGGUUUCAAUCUACAAAGUUUAAAUGGCUUACAUAUAAAUAUCUCUCAAAAAUUGUCAUUGCUGUAUAUUUUAUGAUAAUAUAUAGACUUUGGAUUUGCCAUGAACUAUACAUAUUGGUUCAGUUCAAAGUAAUGCAUAUUCACUUCCUUGUUGUUAAAAUCACAUUCCAAGAUAUGUGUGUGGUUUCCAAGAAGGAAAAAGGGUGGAGGAAGGUCACUGUCUUGGGUUUAAGAGCCAAACUUCUUGUACUUGACAUCACUACAAUCCAAAUGGUAAUGUUUGUUUCUAAUGAUGAGUUAUUUAGUAAGGAUCACCUUUGUUCAUUGGCUGCCAAUAAGAAUGAUAAUUGCUUAGCUCAUGUCCAUGCAACACAUGAUGUCUUAUCUUUUUCACCUAUUUUCUUUGAAAAGUUGUAUGAGAGACUUAUCAAUGGACUGAAUUACAAAGACACAUGCUUUGGCAAUUUGGGAUAUACAUUAGAUGCAGGAUGUGUGGCUGUUAUUCAAACCUUAUACCCCAAAGUCAUAAACAACGGAAGACUCGAUACUUUUGUGACAUGGGCAAUAAUUGUUUGGACUAAACAAGGGCCAAUUGCACCAAAGUUUUAUAUAUUGUUUAAUGCUACAAUUGCUAAAUGGGAUCCAGGUGGGUAUUUUAUUUUCAUUAUGAAGAUUCACUUGACAUGGAAGUCACUUGAAAGGAUGCUUUUAUCACUUAUAUGCAUUGUUAUGACUUCAACCUUGAGGACAAGGUUGAUUUUUAAUGGGGGUGGUAAUGUUAUGAUCCAAAUUGAAGAAAAGCCAUGUCAUCAAAGUGAGUCAUUAAAAUGGUUAGAGAAAAGAGACAUGUGUCACUUGAUCCAUCAAUUAAGAGAAUAGAGCUAACAAGAAAUAUUCUCUUAAUCUUCUAUAAAGGGAGCAUUGAUUGGUAUCAAAGGUAUGGAAGAAAAUUGAUGAAUCACUCCUCUCUCCUCUUUGGUACUCUCUUGAGAGUAAUGAUUAAGUCUUAUACUUAAUCUUCUUCUAUCUUUCUACUAUUUCUUUAAUUUGUCAAUUUGCAUUUGUAUUCACUCUAUUUCCGUUGUAUUGUUUCAAGAGAAUUCUAUACAAAGAUAUAUUUCCCCAAUUGUCAAUAUUUUCUCUAUAUUCAGUAUUUCCAAAAGGGACUAAACCCUUACAAAUGCCUUCCACGUAAAAAAUACAUUCUUAUGCCUUAUCUCAUUGAUCCUCAACAAUAACUUAUGCUAGUAGCUUGGUUUACUGUUACCUAAACUUUAACUAUAUAAGCCAUAACCUAAUGAUUUUGUUGUUGAAGUUAGAAUCAGAAAGAUGUAAGAUUUUUUUACCCAUUGAAUAUUGGUCAACUUGCCAUGUGAGGAAGUAGCCCAGAAGAUAUCACAAAACAAGCAGAUAUCAUCAUCUCUGCUGUUGGGCAACCAAACAUGGUUAGGGGGGAAGCUGGAUAAAACCGGGUGCAAUUAUUAUCGAUGUUAGAAUCAACCCAGUAGAUGAUCGAAGUAGCUCUCGGGUUCGGAGAUAUUUGUUAUGAAGAAGCCAUAAAAGUUGCCUCUUCAGUUAUACCUGUUCCUGGAGGAGUUGGUCGAAUGACAUUCGCAAUGCUUCUUAAAAACUUCAAGAUGUGUUGGGUCGUCCCUGCUUGCUGAGAAACUAAUAUUACUUAAUGAAAAGGUCUCUAGCAGUAGUAAAUUUCAUUGUUAAUUAGGUACGUAAUAUUAGCUAGCAAAAUUUUCUUAACUAUUAUGCAAAUAAUAAUUCCCAUGUUUUGGAUUCACUACAAAUUAUGGUUAAUUAUAUCAACCAAAAAAUUACUCUUUUAAUUUCCUCAACAAAAAUUUAUGGAUCAUCUACUAAUUAUGCAUGAAAGGGCGAAAUAAUUAUAAGCCUCCUUACUGAAAGUUGAAAGCACUUUCGAGCCUCCUUAUUAAAAGGUUGAGCUCCGCAAAAUUGAAGGGCAAGAGCGCUGAUGUCGUUGCUAAUGUAGUUCGGGCUCCCGCUUUUGGGGGGCGGGAGAUGCUAUGCCAGAUAUGCAGAGUGAUUGUGGAAAGGACUGUAGAUGUGCUGAGCACCUUUUGGGGGAUAAAUUCCUCCCGGAAGCUAACUCUUCCUUUUGAGCCAGGGCCUUCCGCUAUGAGCUGAAAACCCUUUACUUCUAUGGGUUUAAGAAAAGGUUCUAUGGCUGUUGUGCUAGAAUUGCUUUUGUUUUGAGAAUCCUAUGCCACUACACGACACUGCUCUAUAUUUGGCCAAAAAAUUGGCACUAAAGGAAUAAAUGUUUCGCUCCAUAUUGUCUUUAGUAGGAAUUUUAUUU